AGUAUCAGCAACAAGAAACAGAGAUGGUGAGCGCAAUGGCGACGGCAGCAAUCAUGCCAAGCAGCAGGGUGGAGAGGCUGGCCAACAGCUGCACUGACCGCAUCCCUAAAGAGUACAUCAGGACGGAGGAAGAGCGGCGGAGCAUGGCCGGAGACAUUUUCGAGGAAGAGAAGAGGACCGAGGGCCCGCAAGUCCCGACUGUGGACCUGAAGGGCAUCGAUUCAGAGGACCCGGUGGUGCGAGGGAAGUGCCGGGAGGAGGUGAAGGCGGCGGCGGUGGAGUGGGGGGUGAUGCACCUGGUGAACCACGGGAUACCGGAGGAGCUCAUCCACCGGGUGAAGGCGGCUGGGGAGGGCUUCUUUGCUCUGCCUAUUGAGGAGAAAGAGAAGUACGCUAAUGAUCCGGAGUCGGGGAAUGUGCAUGGCUAUGGCAGCAAGCUGGCAAAUAAUGCAAGCGGGCAGCUUGAAUGGGAGGAUUACUUCUUCCAUUGCGUCUUCCCGGAGGAUAAGACCGAUCCCUCUCUCUGGCCGGAAACCCCCUCUGAUUACAAAGAUGCAACAAAGGAGUACGCAAAGCAGCUAAGGGGUUUGACCACAAAGGUCUUAGCCAUACUGUCAGCGGGACUAGGGCUGGAAGAGGGGAGGCUGGAGAAGGAAGCAGGAGGAAUAGAAGAGCUUCACCUACAAAUGAAGAUCAACUACUACCCCAAGUGCCCGGAGCCGCAGCUAGCCCUGGGAGUGGAAGCUCACACGGACGUCAGCGCCCUCACCUUCAUCCUCCACAACAUGGUCCCCGGCCUCCAGCUCUUCUACCAGGGCAAGUGGGUCACCGCCAAGUGCGUCCCGGGCUCCAUCGUCAUGCACGUCGGCGACACCCUCGAGAUCCUCAGCAACGGCAGGUACAAGAGCAUCCUCCACCGCGGGGUCGUCAACCGGGACAAGGUCCGCGUCUCGUGGGCGCUCUUCUGUGAACCGCCCAAGGACAAGAUCGUCCUCCAGCCCUUGCCAGAGACUGUGACACCAGCUGAGCCUCCCCGCUUCCCGCCUCGCACUUUCGCUCAGCAUCUCAAGCACAAGCUCUUCAGGGUAAAGGAUGAAGGAGCAACGGCCGGUGGUGAAAAAGUUCACUAGUUUAUUUCAUUACGGAUCGAUCGAUCUAGUUACUCAAUUGAUUACUUCGUAUUAGUCAUCAUUUAUUUAUUUCAGUACAAAAAAUAAAGGGAUAUUUUGAAUUUGUGUAAUCGAAUAAUUACUUCCUAAGUGAUAUUUUGACUUUGUCGUUUUCUCUUUUAAUCAAUUAAUUUGUGGUUUUUAUUUUUUCUCUUUUUUCUACACAAAACUUAAUCAUAC